CCGUCCUCUCCUCUCUCUCCCCUCCAUUCCCUCCUCUCUCUCCCUCCUUCCCUUCCGCAAGUACUUUCGCCGAAUCCGACCCGUGCGAUGUUAAGACGCUGCAAUUCCGAUGACUUCGGCGGGCGGCAGUGGUCGUCCCUGGCCGUCCUGCCCUCCACGAUGCUGCCCCGCGCCCAUUACGCCCGCAGGAGGUCGUCCUCACACACCCUCCAGCACCCCCGCCGCAGCGCGUCGUCCUCAUUUUCGUCGUCCUCCUCGUCUUCGUCGAAGUCGUCGACCUUAAAGUCGAGUUCCCGAGAGGUCCACAUGAGGGCUCUGAGUGAGCUCCAGAGUGCCGCGUCCCGCCUGCCACACCCAGGUGAGUGCCCCCUUUCCCGUCUCCCGCAGAAGGCUUGGCGAGGGGUGACGGAGUCUGCGGUUGCGCAAUUGCAACGAAAAGCCGCGCCUGUUGAGAGCUGCAUCCUUGAGUUUUCCUAAGCACUCGAUGGUAUUGGGUCUAUUUGCUCU